AUGGGACAGAACGAUUCGUGGGCCUGGUCGGAUGGAAGCACUUUCGAUUAUCAGCGAUUUCAAGCGUCGAAUGACACAGGCGACUGUCUUGUCAUGUCAGCCGUUGAUGGGACGUGGAAACGUGACAACUGUGCAGCAGACAAGUACAAAACAUACUACUGUGUGAGUCGACCGAUGCCGUCACUCUCACCCCCAUUGCCCACUCAACCCUCUUCACUCAAUUGCUCGUCCCCGCAAUUUCAACCGCUCUACAAUUGUUUGAAGGGGUGGCAAUAUUUCCCGGAGACCGGCUAUCAGUAUCUGGUCAUUUACAACGUGUCUUUUGAUGACGGAGAGGCGUAUUGUCAAUCGCUCGGCGCCCAUCUUGUGUCGAUUCAUAGUGAAGCCGAAAACACUUUUGUUACCAGGUUGUGCUGUCCGUCAAGCGAGGCUUAUCACUACGAAGCCGCUGCAGCAAUGUAUUUGACCGGCGGUCAUCGACGGACAUUCGACUGGGGUCCAUUUACGUGGACGGAUGGAAGUGCAAACGACUAUGCUGGGCUUUCGUGUACCAACGAAUAUGGACCUGCGAAUCUGGUGGUAUGUCGUGAA